GACCGAGACCAAGAGCGCGAGCCUUCCGCCAUCAUUCCGCCGCGCGCUGCGCCCUGACGCGCUUUUUCUUACUGCCGCUCCAUUUUGCACUGCCACCCGGGACACAAGCUGCAGCUUUCCGAAUAACAAGACAGCAGGGCAGCCAGCCAGCGACACAUCAAAGUAGAGAGCCAGCAAAAAAGGAUGACUGGUAAGAGUCAGACAAGCAACGUGACCAACAAGAAUGACCCACGUUCCCUCAACUCUAGAGUCUUUAUCGGCAAUCUUAACACAGCCAUCGUCAAGAAGGCUGACAUUGAGGUCAUCUUUGCCAAGUACGGGAAGAUCGUGGGCUGCUCGGCGCACAAGGGCUAUGCCUUUGUCCAGUACAUUAGUGAAAGGAACGCUCGUGCUGCCGUCGCUGGAGAGAACGCCCGUAUCAUUGCAGGACAGCCGCUGGAUAUAAACAUGGCCGGGGAGCCCAAACCAUACAGGCCCAAAGCUGGCUCCAAACGACCCCUCUCUGCUGUUUACACUGGAUAUGAGUUUGACUAUGACUACUACCGUGAGGAUUUCUACAAUCGGCUCUUCGACUAUCAUGGGCGGGUGGCACCUCCUCCAAGAGCCGUCAUCCCUCUGAAGCGCUCACGAGUCGUUGUGCCGUCCACGCGGAGAGGAAAAACCUCUUUCUCCAUCAAAACCUCCACUUCUUCAUCCUCGAGACCUCCCUCUUCCUCCUCUUCAUCCUUCUCCUCUGGCCUCAAACUAAAGACGGAUCAGCUGCAGACGAUCAAGCGUGAGCUGACUCAGAUCAAGCUGAAGAUCGACUCUCUCCUGGGUCGUCUGGAGAAGAUAGAGAGGCAGCAGAGAGCUGAGGCGGAGGCUCAGAGGAAGUAUGAGGACAACUGCGACUCUCUGCAUGAGGAAUCUCUAUCAGAGACAGCAGAGAACUCGGGAGAAGAAGCUGGCGAGGGGGCGCUUGACGCAGAGGCCGGUGAGAUGUCUGACGGAGGAGAGGACGACUAUGACGAGGAGGGCAGCGCUGAUCUGAUAGAGAACCAUGUGUCUGACAUUGACAACUAAAGGCUAUGUUAGAAGAGAACGCUGCCAUUAACAGCAUCGAGGAGGAAGCAUGACAGAUAAGCUGCAGGAAAGGUUCAAAGAAAAAGAAGUGUUAAUUUGUUUUUCAUAAGAACAGUGGAGUGAGUAUGAUUGGUCCUGGUGAGAGACAAAGCAGCGGAUGCUCAUGGACAGAUCUCUCGCCGCCACUCGUCACAAGCCACUCAGCAUUUCACAGGCCUUCAUUUGAUUAACUUGAAUUAUUCAUGCAUUCAGAGGACAAAGAUAAAUAUUACAGAUGGACUGCUGAGGCUUGAUCGUGAGCCUUUGACAUGUGAAAUAAAGUCAUGGUAUUAGAAAAUGUAGAACCUUUUCUUUAGUCAUAAUAUUCCAGUUUUGUUCCAAAAUUGUGUUUUCAUUAAAUGUCUGAUUAAAUUGAA